AUGUCAAAUGUAUCCAUAAAUGAACAAUUAGGUAAUGAUAAAGUAGAUGAUUUGUUUAGAAACUAUAGCAUUCAACAGAUUCAGCAAGUUGCCAAACAAUAUAAAAAAUCAAUUGAAGAGAAUAAAAAUGAAUUACAUAAUUUGGUAGGUAAUAAAUAUCGAGAUUUGAUUAAAAUUGCAGAAGAUAUAGAUACAAUUGAUAAAUUGAGUCUGGUUAGUGAUGGAAAAUUAAAAUCAUUAUCUUAUAAAUCAGCAAAUUUUGUCAAUCCCUAUAAGGAUAAUUAUGGGAAAUUCGAUACAUUAAUCAGAGAAAGAAAAAUCAAUCAACUGAAAAAGAACGCAAGGUCAACCAUAAUUAGAAAUGUAAUUCAAAAGAAAUUGAAUAAAUUAGACGAUGGAAUCAUAGUUAAUGUAGAAUGUCCAUUAUUACAUACUUCAAAUUUUAUCCAUUAUGCUAAAUUGUAUUAUACUUUAGAGAAUGAAUUUAAUGAUGUUUUACAUAAUGAUAAUACUUUAAAAACACAAUUUAACAAAUUAAAACAAAGCUUUAAUGAGUUUUUAGAGUUUGAAAUAUCGUCAUAUAAUUUAAUUGGUCCAAUUUUGAAUGUCACUAAUGAUAAAUUUACGAAAAGUCAACGAAUAGAAGCAAAAGAUUUGAUACUUAAGGACAAGAGCAAGGUGAUAUCAAAUUAUGAGUUAUACGAAGAGGAAGAAGACGAUGAUGAUAUAGUUAUAGAGAGUGUCGAAUCUGAAGAAAAUCAAGUAGUUAAUGAAUUUGAUCACUCUUACGACCAAAAUACAUCCAAUAUUUGCAAUUACAUAGUCAGUUAUAACAUUUUAAAUGGUGGUAUUAAUAAUCUAGGUGAGAGAAUUAUUAAUCUAAGAUCUAAUUUUAUCAAACUGAUGCUUAGUCAGAUUGAAUAUCUGUCAAUUGAUUUUUUCAAAUUGUUCAAAUAUCUAGAAUGCACAUGUUUAUACAUCAACAAGUUCUUUGAGAAUAAAGCUUCGAAUGAGUACAGAAUAACACUUUCCGAUGCUACUCAACCAUGGAGUUGUUACUCAUUGAUAGGACAUAAAUAUUGGUACGAUGAUAAAAUAGUUGAAUUUAAUUACAAAGAGAGAGAUACUGUUAAUCAUGAUAAGGCUUUGAAAGAUUCUUUUGAGUGGAUAUUAAAAUUCUUGAUCAAUUUGAUGGAACGACAAGGAAAGUCAAACUGUGAAUCAUUAGAGGUGCCGAUAUCAUCAUUUCAUAAUAUUUUAGUCAGUCUACGUAAUCUAGAAGACUUUUUAGAAUCUUCAGGUAUAGCAUCAAAAUUUUUGUCAUUAGUUUCAUCAGGCAACUUCUUUAAUGAUUUAUUAUUGUCAUUAAGAAAAACCAUAAAAUCAUCACAAAGUUCACAUGUUGCUUAUUUAAAUGACGUAGAUAAUGGUUUAAUUAUGUUGAUCAAAGAUGGAUUGAAAUUGAACAAAAGUCAAAAGGAACCUGCAUUAUUUUCAACAGAUAUACUCGAUUUGAUGGACUCAAAUAUUGAAGCAUAUAUGGAAGUUUUAAAUAGAACCGGAUCAUCAAGUAGUACGAUGCAACAAUUGAAAGAAUGGUUUGAUGAGUCUAAUUUUUAUAACAGGCUCUGCUCAAGUGAUCAAAAAGGUUCAGAUAAUAAGAUUAUUGCAUAUGUUGAUUACUUGCAACAUAAUUUGGAGAUAAAAUGGGGUACAUUCUCAGAUAGAACAAUUAAAGACGAGUUUAGUAAGCUAAUUAAUGAAAUGCAUGAAGAAUUUCAAGUUCAAAAUUUAAAAUUCGUCGAUUCAAUAAAAGAGAUAUGUAUGGAAGCUUCACAGAAGGAUCAAAUUUUUUAUUUAAUUCAAAUCUUGACUCAAACUAAGUCAAAUCUAAAAUUAGAGAAGAAUGAUGAGAAAAUUAAAGUAGAGAUAGACGAAAUUUGUCAAUUGCUAUACGAAAAACUUGUGCAUGCUGUACCAGAUGAAGAAUUUUUCAAAUCAUUUAAAGAAGCUAUAGAUCAAAAUUUUGAAAUUCAAGAUGAUAAUACUACUCCUAAUAGACCAAAUUUGAAGAUACUUCUGUCUCUUUAUCAACUAGCUCAAACUUAUUAUAAUUUAGAAGAUCUUGAAUCAUUUUCAAAUCCGGAGACAAGUUUGUUUUUCAUUAGAUCUAAAAAUGAUUGGUUUAUAAAAGUUUUAAUUCAACAGAAUCUUAUAAAUUACAUAGAUGAAAAGACAAAACCAAAAGAAGAUCAAGAUAAUGAGGCCAAAAGGUUAUCAAGCUCACAAGGUCUACAAUUAAUAGCUAAUUUGAUAUUUAUAUUACAUUUUUGUCAGCCUUCAAGUACAGUAUCGAAUAUGAAUGAUCAAAUUAAAUAUUUUGAAGAACUCUGCGGUAGUGAGUUUGAGAUAUCUAAAAUAGAGACUAUCCUUAGUAAGAUACAAUCGUAUUACAAAUCAAUUGAGAAUAUCUAUUUACCACUUAGUCUAUUAG